AUGUCCUGUGCAGAUGCUAAGCGUCUGGUUGGUAUGCGAUUCUCUGAUUCUUUCGUAAAAAAAUAUAUUUUCCAUUGGCCAUUUGAGAUUGUUCCUGAAGAUGAUAAGGCCAUGAUUGCGGUGAACUAUAUGGGGGAAAUGAAGAAAUUAUAUCCCGAAGAAAUCUCUGCCAUGGUUAUCACAAGGAUGAAAGAUACCGCUGCUGCUAUGACUUAUGGUCUGAAACACAAAUUUAUCUCGGUGAAAAAUGUUCUGGUUGUCGACCUAGGCGGUGGGACACUUGACGUUUCCCUCGUUUCUAUGGAUGUCAAUUCUUUUACUGUGAAAUCCACUUAUGGCAAUCAACAUCUUGGCGGUCAAGAUUUUACCAACACAAUGGUGAAUCACUUAAUCAAAGAAUUAAGGAACAAGAACAUAAAGUGUGAUCUUAAUGUAAGUCUCAAGGUUAUCAGGAGGGUGAAAACAGUCUGCGAAGAGGCCAAAAUAAUUCUUUCAACAGCUGAGAAAGCUGAGAUUCAUCUUGACACUUUAUGCAAUGGUAUCUGUGAGAGUUAA